AUGUACCUGAUUUUCGCUUGGCAUCUUUUCCGGUCCAUUAUGUACCCGAUUCCACUUGGCAUCUUUUCCGGACCAAUAUGUACCCGAUUUUCGCUUGGCAUCUUUUCCGGACCAUUAAGUAUCCGAUUUUCGCUUGACAUCUUUUCCGGACCAUUAUGUACCCGAUUUUCGCUUGGCAUCUUUUCCGGACCGUUAAGUACCCGAUUUUCGCUUGACAUCCUUUCCGGACCAUUAUGUACCCGAUUCCGCUUGGCAUCUUUUCCGGACCAUUAUGUACCCGAUUCCGCUUGGCAUCUUUCCGAACCAUUAUGUGCCCGAUUCUGCUUGGCAUCUUUUCAGGACCAUUAUGUACCCGAUUCCGCUUGGCAUCUUUCCGGACCAUUAUGUACCCGAUUCCGCUUGGCAUCUUUUCCAGACCAUUAUGCACCCGAUUCCGCUUGGCAUCUUUUCCGGACCAUUAUGUACCCGAUUUUCGCUUGGCAUCUUUUCCGGACCGACCAUUAUGUACCCGAUUCCGCUUGGCAUCUUUCCGGACCAUUAUGUACCCGAUUCCGCUUGGCAUCUUUUCCAGACCAUUAUGCACCCGAUUCCGCUUGGCAUCUUUUCCGGACCAUUAAGUACACGAUUCCGCUUGGCAUCUUUUCCGGACCAUUAUGUGCCCGAUUCUGCUUGGCAUCUUUUCAGGACCAUUAUGUACCCGAUUCCGCUUGGCAUCUUUCCGGACCAUUAUGUACCCGAUUCCGCUUGGCAUCUUUUCCAGACCAUUAUGCACCCGAUUCUGCUUGGCAUCUUUUCUGGACCAUUAUGUACCCGAUUUUCGCUCGGCAUCUUUUCCGGACCGACCAUUAUGUACCCGAUUCCGCUUGGCGUCUUUCCGGACCAUUAUGUACCCGAUUCCGCUUGACAUCUUUUCCAGACCAUUAUGCACCCGAUUCCGCUUGGCAUCUUUUCCGGACCAUUAAGUACCUGAUUUUCGCUUGGCAUCCUUUCCGGACUAUGAUGUGCCCGAUUCUGCUUUGGCAUCUUUCAGGACCAUUAUACCCUGAUUCCGCUUGGCGUCUUUCCGGACCAUUAUGUACCCGAUUCCGCUUGACAUCUUUUCCAGACCAUUAUGCACCCGAUUCCGCUUGGCAUCUUUUCUGGACCAUUAAGUACACGAUUCCGCUUGGGCAUCUUUUCCGGACCAUUAUGUACCCGAUUCCGCUUGGCAUCUUUUCCAGACCAUUAUGUACCCGAUUCCGCUUGGCAUCUUUUCCGGACCAUUAA